AUGCCAUCCCGCCGGCUUUUUUCGGCCUCGUCGCCGCCAUCAGUAGACAGCUUCGCGUCUCUCUGCUCCCGCCAGCCCAGGGCGGGAGAGUACCCCCUGGCGGCAUCGAUCGAGGACAAGGUGCCCGUAUACUCCCUGCCGCCCUACGGCUCCCUAUCCGACCCGGACCGGGAAGCCCUCCAGGACGAGUGGUACGGCGUCAUGAAGGACGGGCCGGGCGUGCUGGUCCUGCGGAACAUGUACCGCGACGCCGACCUGAUUGACCGGGUAAGCGGGGUUUACAGGAGCAUCGUGGACGGCGAGAGACGCAGCAACGCCUCGGCAGGCGACCACUUUGCCGCCAAGGGCACGAACGACCGGGUGUGGAACUCGCUGAGCAAGCACGCGGCCGCGGACCCGCCUUCGUUCGUGGACUACUACGCCAACCCGUACCUGGGGCUGGUGUGCGAGGCCUGGCUGGGGCCGGGGUACCGGGUGACGGCGCAGAUGAACAGCGUCAAGCCGGGGGGCGCGCCGCAGGAAUGCCACCGCGACUACCACAUCGGCUUCCAGACGGCGCAGGCGGCGGCCAGGUACCCGCGCGCGGCCCACCUGGCCAGCCAGUUCCUCACGCUGCAGGGGGCCGUGGCCCACGUGGACGUACCGGUGGUGUCGGGGCCGACGCGGCUGCUGCCCUACUCGCAGACCUUGGACGAGGGCUACAUGGCCUACAGGCUACCGGCCUUCCGCGACUACUUCGCCGACAACUACGUCUCGCUGCCGCUGUCAAAGGGUGACGGGCUGUUCUUCAACCCGGCCCUCUUCCACGCCGCGGGGUCGAACCGGUCGGCCGACAUCGACCGCAUGGUCAACCUGCUGCAGAUCAGCAGCGGGUUCGGGAGGCCCAUGGAGACGGUGGAGACGGUGCCCAUCGUGCGGGCCUGCUGGGAAGGAAUCCUGGCCAUGUACCGUAGGCAGCAGGAGCGGGGGAGCGGUGACGGUGGUGGUGACGAGGAGAACAAGGAUGGCAACACGGCAGAGGCCCUCGUCAGAGCCGUGGCGGAUGGAUACCCCUUCCCGACAAACCUGGACAGAAACGCACCUGGGCCCGAUGAGAUGACGCCACCGUCGGAGCAGAAGAUCCUGCGCGCAUGUCUGGAGGAGGGAUGCGACACGGCGGAGACGGUGAGGAGACUUGUGGAGCUGGGGGACAAGUCCAGGGCGUGA